AAUUUUGGGUGGCUGUGUCGACCACUCAUGAACGCAUUUUCGCGAAAGAGGAGUGAUCUUUAGAUUGCCUGACUUUUCACUCAUCCAGAUUUGGGCCGGAGCUGGUGAAAGAGCCGAUGUUGAUCCUGGAAGGCAGCUUCGAUUGGCUCUUCGCUGGUCUGCAGACGAGGCUCCGGACUCGUUCGAUCUGUCGCCUGAACAUUCCGUCUGGAGGACUGUACGCCAUGUCUGAACAGUCGUACCAGCCGCCGAGCCUCGGCGACGAGGAGUUCGAGCUGCCACCGCUGAUGUCGGAUGGUGUCGGCCACGGCGGCCAGCAGGGCGGCAUGUACUCGCCGGCCAUGGAG